AUGCCGGACCUGCCACGGACGCUCGCUCGGUCCUGGUCGUCGACGCUCAAGCUCCCGAAAUCGACGUUCCCUGCACGCGUGACGCCGGCCGAUCGGACAAAAUACUUGCAGCGAUGCACCGACGACCUCUACGCCUGGCAACAGCGUGAAAGACCAGCCAGCCAGCCGUUCGUCCUGCACGAUGGACCACCAUACGCAAACGGUGACCUUCACAUCGGCCAUGCCCUCAACAAAGUACUAAAAGACAUCAUUUGCCGUGUGCAGCUCGGUCUGGGAAAGCGGAUUCGAUACGUACCGGGAUGGGACUGUCACGGCUUGCCGAUAGAGCUGAAGGCUCUAGAAGCGCAAAAGGAACUACAGGGACAGGAACACAAUCGACCCGUUAGCGCAGCGCUGGUACGCAAGGCUGCGCGCAAAUUGGCUGAUCGGACGGUCAAGGCGCAGAUGAAGGGAUUCCGGAGCUUCGCGGUCAUGGCGGACUGGGAGAACCAUUGGAAGACUAUGGAUAAGGCGUUUGAGAAGAGACAACUUGGCGUUUUUCGGGAAAUGGUCGAUAAGGGAUUGAUCUAUCGGAGAUUCAAGCCGGUUUACUGGUCGCCGUCUACUGGGACGGCACUGGCGGAGGCCGAGCUGGAAUACAAGGAAGAUCAUGUUUCAACGGCUGCUUUGGUGAAAUACCCUCUUGCUAGCAUCCCGGAGCACCUGGCACAGGACCCUUUGCUUAAGGAUAAGGAAAUCAGCGCUGUUAUUUGGACUACGACUCCCUGGACACUCCCGGCAAACGCGGCUAUCUCGGUUCACCCGUCUUUGGAUUACACGAUUGUCGAAUCAGAUACGCAGGGUUAUCUCCUCAUUGCGCAAUCUCGGCUGGAAUACCUCGAGGGUAUCCUGAAGGAGGAUUUGUCGGUCAUUGUGCCAGCUAUUCCUGGCUCGAAGCUUGCUGAUCAGACUACAUACCGACCUCUGUUCAAGGGAUCCGAUGCGGAGCCGCAACCCAUCAUUGCUGCGGACUUCGUCACCGCCGACUCCGGAUCAGGUCUCGUUCAUUGCGCCCCAGGCCACGGUAUGGAGGACUACGAAGCCUGCUUAUCCCGAGGUAUCCCCGCUUUCGCCCCCGUGGACGACAACGGCAAAUUCACCGACAAGGCCAUGCCCAGCGACCCGACAAGGCUCAGUGGAAAGAGCGUCCUGAGUGAUGGAAACGCUGCUGUUCUCGAAUACGUUGAAUCCCAAGGCCUGCUGAUCACAAAGCACCGCUACGAGCACAAAUAUCCCUACGACUGGCGGUCCAAGCUUCCCAUCAUCAUCCGCGCCACAGAGCAAUGGUUCGCCGACGUAGCCGACAUCCGUGGCAGCGCCAUGACAGCUCUCGAGGAUGUCAACUUCGUGCCUACUGCCGGAAGACAGCGACUGGAGAACUUCGUCAAGAACCGCAGCGAAUGGUGUAUCUCGCGUCAACGCGCCUGGGGAGUCCCUAUCCCGGCGCUUUACCACCGCGGUACAGGCGAUGCUUUGCUUACCAAGGACAGUGUAUCUCACAUCAUGAAUGUCAUCGAAGAGCGUGGCAUUGACGCAUGGUGGACAGACGACGCCAACGACGAGGCGUGGAUCCCACCAGCUCUGCGAGACGCCUCUGGGCCCGGCUACAGACGCGGAACCGAUACCAUGGACGUGUGGUUCGACAGCGGCACCAGCUGGACCGAGAUCGACCUUCCUUACCGUGACGGCGGAUAUCCCGCAGACGUCUACCUGGAGGGCACCGACCAACACAGAGGAUGGUUCCAGUCCGGUCUCCUCACCUUCAUUGCCCACCAGCUCGCGUCCGGACACACCGCAUCCCCUCGCGCGCCCUUCAAGAACCUCGUCACCCAUGGUUUUACCCUGGAUGAGGAGGGACGCAAGAUGAGCAAGUCGAUCGGCAAUGUGAUCCAGCCAGAGUCAAUCAUGGAUGGCACGCUCUUGCCACCCCUCAAGCCGAGAAAAGGCAAGGGGAAAAAGCAAGCCGAGAACCAGGCACCGGUCUACGACGCGCUUGGCCCGGAUGCUCUGCGAAUGUGGGUUGCAAGCAGCGACUACACGCGGGAUGUCGUGAUUGGCAAGCAAGUCCUUCAGACGGUCAACACCAGCUUGCACAAGUACCGUGUGACAUUCAAGCUGCUGCUUGGUGCCUUGUCUGACUUCCGUCUGGAGGAUCGUCUUCCCUAUGAUCAGCUGCAGCAAGUGGAUCGCAUCGCUCUGAAACAUCUGUCUGACACCGUCUUGGCCUGCCAGAAGGCCUGCGAGAACUUUGAGUUUUACAAGGCUGUGAAUGCCAUUAACCGCUGGGCUAACCUUGAGUUUUCUGCAUUCUACAUGGAAGCUAUCAAGGACCGUCUUUACACCUACGCUGAGAACAGCACCAGCAGAAGGGCUGCCCAGACGACCUUGUUCCACAUCUACCACCACCUUCAAGAGGUGCUGGCUCCCAUCACUCCGUUGUUGGUCGAGGAGACCUGGGAGCAUACGCCCGAGGCCAUCAAGACCCACUGCGAGCAUCCGCUGAAACGGAUUGUUUCCGCGCCCGCCUCUGAAUGGCAGAACCAGGCUCUGGAAGCGGACUAUCAGGAUAUUGUGGCCGUCAACUCCGUGGUCAAGGCGAUUCAAGAAAAGGCCCGUGGCCAGAAGCAGAUGGGCUCUUCCCUGCAAUCGUUCGUCCACAUCGUUCUUCCCCACGGCGCGACGAGCGAAUCGGUCUUCGCGCGCCUCCAGUCCGAGCUGCCUGAUGUGUUUGUUGUCUCGUCGGUCAGCCUCGGGGCGCACGAGGAGCCGAUCCCGGAGGACAUCCGCAAUGCGGAGUGGCAGUACAGUGAGGAGUACGAGCUGCCGAGUGGCGGCAGAGGAACGGUACAUGUAUAUACCCCGCAGGCGAGCAAGUGUCCGCGCUGCUGGCGUUAUGUGGUGCCCGAGACAGAAGCAGCGGAAGAGACGGUGUGUGGGCGCUGCGAGGAGGUGGUGCAAGAGUUGGAUGCAUCGAGCUGA